UAUUUUACUUAACACAAUUUCAGAUUGAAACAUGGUCUACCGGACAAUUUUGAUCACAACUUUGUUGAUUGUUGUGUUAUGUCUCGCAAUAAACUUUACCGUGGCUGGUUAUUUUAAAAGUGAAAAUGCUCAACUAACAAGUGCAUUCCGACAACGUCUUCUUCAGCCAACUAAUGACGCCAGAGUUGCCAGACAACUUGUACAUUCAGUCGAUUGGGCAUCGGUUGGAAGUAUAUCCACCGAUGAAAAAAUCAAAGAUUACCCAAUGGUAAAUGUUAUAUCAAUUUCGGAUAGUGUCAGGGGAGAGCCUUCGACUGGAAAAAUAUACUUCCUUCUCGUGGAUCUGGAUUUCACUGGACAAGAUUGGAGAAAAGUUAAUAAAUUGACUUUUACUAUAACCAGUGAACAGAAUGGCAAUUGCUCGAGGAUCGAUGUGGAUCCUAUGGAACCGGUCUGUCAAAGAACAUACAUCAGUGGCAAGGUUAUUGAGCUCAAAAAUGGAACAGAAGAGUUUGAUUUCGGGUGGAAAGCAUUUAUUAGUCGACACCCUGCAACCAGUAAUUGGGUUGCUGAGCACAGCUUUUACCUUUGUCUUUUGGAUAUUGAACAUAUCUAUGUUUUGGAUUGGUAUGGUGGCCCGAAAGAUAUUCCGAUCGAUGAAUACUACAGCGUUGUUUUGGAAGACGAAGAAAGUUCAUCAGAAAUAUAGACUUCGUGCGUUUUUUGACGGUUAACAAAAUGUUACAAUAAAAAGUGUCUUUUAUUUCAAAAUAA